UUGACUCAGUUCAAAUUCAUAGCAGCAAGGUGGAACACCAGGUAAAACAAAACAAAGAAUUAUAAAAACGAUGUAACCAACAUGACUGCGUGCCGAAAAAAAACAUAUUACGUCUUAUGGUGAAAAUGUGGUAUUGCGGUUUGGUGUUAUUGCCUUUAACGCUGGGAUAUUCCGUGUCGGUUGGUUCAUGUCCAGAAAUAUGUUUAUGUGACGGCGAUAACAGCGAAAUCACAAGCUGUCAGGAUAAUGGACUCUUGGAAUUACCAAUUGAUAUCGAUUCAAACGUUAUCAGCUUGGAUUUAUCCCGGAACGCUUUCGAUAGUUUCCCUGGCGAUCUAAAGAAUUUCAGCAAACUCAAAUAUCUCAACAUGUCCCGCAAUUGCAUAUCGACAUUGAUGCUGUCUGAUUUCGUGGACCUUGUCAAUUUGGAGCGUCUGGACUUUUCCUCAAAUUGUUUUCGCGACUGGAAAGACAUCCAUCCGAGUACAUUUUUACCAAUCAAAAACUUGCAAUACCUCGAUUUGUCGAACAAUCCGCUGAGGAGUUUACCGCGAUAUUCAAAUCAAUUAUACAUCGAAUCAUUAGCGAUACUUCGUUUAGUCAAUUGUUCAAUGAAAACAAUACCCGUAAAUGUUUUCAAUAGAUUGGCUGGUUUAAGGGAAUUGCACCUAGCCUAUAACCCUUUAACGAGUAUAAACGAGAGCUUUCAAUUGGAUAAUUUAAAAUAUGUCGAUUUAAGCAAGACCCGCUUAAACUACAUAGAUGAGAACGUUUUUACGAACCUAAUAAAUUUAGAAACGCUUGUGCUAAAAGAUAAUGUUCACCUAAAACGAUUCAUGUGCCAUUCGGAGAGUCUUUUGUAUUUAGACUUAUCGGGUUGUACCCUAGAAAAAGUACCCUCGAGUAAUCUUCCCAAACUAGCUACAAUCGAUUUGUCGUUUAAUUUUGUGAAAUUUAUACAAGCCAAUAACUUUGCCCGAUCUCCAAAUCUUGUAUUAUUGAACUUAUCGACCAACGCAUUAACCUCGCUCUCCGAUAAGGCUUUCCAAGCGUUAACGCAAGUCCAGACGAUCGAUUUGUCUUACAACAAAUUAACAACCGUAAGCGAUAAGUUGUUUUCCAACGCCUCCUCACUAUUGAGAUUGAAUUUAUCUUUCAACUACAUCAAGUCCCUCGAUACCGUCACGAGCAGCAGUUUAAAACUAUUAGACGUUAGCUACUGUGAAAUUUACGACUUAAACCAAUUCAGUUUAGUCGCGUUGCCGAAUCUAAUCAGUUUAAUUUUGUCGAGGAAUUUUCUGUCAACCAUACCGGAUGGAUUCUACUCGCCCAGUUUAGUUUAUUUGGAUGUCAGUUCGUGCCGCAUCAAAAGUAUUAAUAAUAGAACGUUCCAAGAAAUGUACAACUUGAGGCAAAUUAACUUGGCUAACAAUGGGUUAACUUCGUUAGACCCGACGUAUUUCCCGAGAGCUUACGCUGUCAACAUUAAAGACAAUCCUUGGCGAUGUGAUUGUCCUAAUCUAAAAAGAAUGUACGAGUGGAUGGCGUCUUAUAGUGAAAAUAAAUUAAAGGAACUGAUAUGCGAUUCGCCUGAGAAAGUCGAAGGGAAAACAUGGCAAGACGCGUGUUUGAAAGAGUGGUAUUCGUCCGAAAGGGCUAAAGACACUAUGUGGUACUACUCAAUUGGGAUAGUGGUGUUGAUGAUGGUUGCUUUGUUCGGCGUUAUUUUAACAAAAAAGGUGAAAGAAAUAAAGGAAAAAAGAAUUCGGGAAGAGCAGGAAGCCAGACGAGUGGAGGAACGAGAAGCGUUGAGACGAAUGGAAAUUCUGCAACGGGAGUUAAGAGAGGAAGAAGAUAGAAACGCUCCAGAUCCUAGAGAACUUCAGAGGCCUCCUUCGUAUAACGAAGCUCUCUUGCUUCCGAGACUCGAUGCAUCCCAUCCAAGCUUAGCUGGGAGUGUGCCAAGUUUAUUGGGAUCUAGACAAAGCUUAAGAGGGAGCAAUAGCGACGUAACCAAGAAAGGUAGAGUUAGGAGGAAAAGAAGAAGGAGAAAGUCAGACAGCGAAAGGAGAUCAUCUCGGGCUACGGUAGAUUCCGAUUCUUCGGAUCAGGAUCAAGUACCGGAGUCGCUUCCUGCGCGCAGGCCUCAGCUUGUUCAACCUCCACCGUUAGAAAGUGAUUUCUGAAACUAAUAAGGUUCUUCUAAAUGUUCUUUUUGAACAGACUGUUUCAGAGUGCCUCUGAAGUAUCCGCCAAAUAUUAACAAACCAUAUUUGUAUUUGUUGCUUUUUUUUGUGUCUAGAAUAUAACGUUUUUUUGUAAUGAGAUUUUAUUAUAACAUAAUA